AUGUCUUCAUUACCACGAAAGGCCUUGAUUGCAAUCACUUCUUACAAUGAAGUAUUCUACUCCGAUGGAGCACGGACUGGUUUGUUCUACACCGAAGCUCUGCAUCCAUACAUGGCCCUCGUGAAAGCUGGCUUUGAAGUCGACCUGGCUUCAGAGACCGGCACCUUUGGCUUGGACGAUCACUCGACCCAAAAGAUGUUUCUGACUGACGAGGAUGAGCAGAUUCUCAAAAAUCCCAACCACCCGUUCAACGUCAAGCUCAACAAGGAGCUCAAACGGGCAUCGGAUGUCCAGCAGCAUUCCAAAGAUUACGGUCUCUUCUUUGCUUCGGCUGGACAUGCCACACUGUAUGACUAUCCGACCGCUCGGGGACUCCAGGCUAUUGCACAGGACAUCUAUGGGCGCGGAGGUGUUGUUUCGGCAGUGUGCCACGGACCGGCCAUAUUACCGGGCAUAAAAGAUCCUUUGACCGGAAAAUCUGUUGUGGAAAAUAAGGUCGUCACAGGGUUCACGGAUCUGGGUGAAGUCCAGAUGAAGGUAAUGGACAAGCUCAGGAGUGACAAGCUCAACACGGUCGAGAAGUGGAUGGAGCUAAGUCAUGCGAAAUAUAUUGCCCCUCCCGAGCCAUUUAACUGCUUCUCAAAGAUCGACGGUCGGAUCGUCACAGGCGCAAACCCGGCAAGUGCAAAACUGACUGCCGAGAACGCGAUUAAAGUGUUUGAUUGCCAAUAA